AUGCUGGGUGCCAGAAAGAUUAUUCCCAAGAUCCCUGAUCUUAAGACAUGGAUAAAGGAAUUUAAACCAAAGAAAGAAGGCUACAGAUCCCUAAGUAUAUUAACCCCCGAGAAAAAGGUUGCUGUAGAUAUCUACCCAGGAAUUGGUGUCUGGUCUGCUGUCCUCGCCAAUAAUGGUUUUAAAAAAGUGUAUUCCCUUGAGCCAUUACCAACUUACUUUAAGUAUAUGGAGGAACUUGCAUCUCAAAGCGAUAAUUCAAUUAUUCCAAUGAAAAUUGAUGGCUAUGACUGGGAAGCCUAUAAUACAUUAAAGACAUCUGAAUAUCUUGGUGGAAUGGAAAAUUCGGACUGGUCUAAAAUUAACCCAAACAUACUUUUUACCGGAAUGCUUCCAAUGACAUCCAAGGGAGAACAAUUGAUGGCCCAACUUGCUACUUGUAUUAAUAACAAGAUGUCACUGUACACAAUGGGACGUAUAGAAAUGGCUAUGUGGAUACCCGAUACUCUUUACACCAAAAUCACUUCUGCUCCCGGAUCUUCAACACGUUGCAAAAUGAGUGUUGUCAUAGAAGCAUGUGCAGAAAUCAAGACUAUUUAUUCCACUCCAGACACUGCAAUUUAUCCCAAUAAUAAAUACCACCUUGUCCAUUUUGUACCGUUUGAGAAGUCCAAACUGAAUUCUGAUUGGGACGUAUUUGAGUAUGUCUUGAAGCAUUUAUUUGUUAUGCAACGUCAACCAUUACAAAAAAUGGUCAAGACUCUUGGUCCAGGUGCUGAGAUCAUCCUUAAACGACUUUCAUUUGAUCCCUCAAUACUAGUUGGCCAAAUGACUGCCGAACAGCUUGAUCAGGUUGCUGUUAAAUUUGAUCAAUGGCCAUUACGCCCGAAAGUUUUGUUUGAAGAUGAAUCAAUGUUCACCUAGAAAGUCUUACUAAUUACAUAUUUUUCUCAACCAUAUAAGAAUUUCAUAGAAUAAAAUUAUAUAGAAUCAUUCAUC